AUGCUGCACACUGUCCUGCGCUGUGGGCGACGCUCGCUGGUGCGGUGCGAGUCCUCGGUCGCCGCGCGCGACUAUCCCAUCAAUGUGAUUGAGAGACAGGAUUCUCUGCGGAGACUCUGGGCGCUUGUCCACGAAGAGGGCAACAUUCCCUCUGCCCAGCGGCUACUCGCAGACAUCCUUGCCUCCUCGGACGGACUGGAUGCCUAUCGCCACGUCUGCCGCACCAUCACCCACAAGCCUCUGCUGCACCAGCUCGCCCUCACUGCUGCACAGAACGGCCAUGCCCGCUAUGCCCGCGACGAGGUUCUGCCUCUCCUCGACCCCUCCGUCCGUCCAGAGCUCGACCAGCUGCUCUCAGCCGCAGAGUCCCGUCUCCGCCCCAGCCCCGUCUUCGAGGACAGCGCUGCAGACUAUCCCGCCCCCGCCCCGCCCCGCCCCUCCACCCUCGACAUCAUCCAGCAGUCUCUCCCCGCCCUCCUCCCAGAUCCCUCCACCGACGACGGCCCUCUCUUCGAAGACGCCGCCACCCCCGUCUUUGCCCCCCUCUCAGAGGCCGCCCAUCUCACCAACACCUCCGUCGGCCUCCUCGACCGCACCCUCCUCUCCGGCCGCUACGAGGACGCCCACGCCCUGCUCGUCGACAUGUACGAUCUCGGCGUCCCCAUCCCCCCGUCCCCCAAGUACGCCUACGUCGCCCUCGCCCUUCUCCAAUCCACAGACCCCACCGCGCCCCUCACUCAACAGCAGUCAGACCGCAUCGCCGCCUGGCUCGCCCUCAUCCCGCCCCUCCACCGCACAACCCGCCAGUCCGCGCCCCAGACCCAAACCGUCCUCUCCCUCCUCGACGCCCACUUCCUCCGCACAGUCGCAAACCCCGACACCCGCACCAUCGCCCGCCUCCUCUCCGUCCUCGCCUCCCUCGGCUACAUCGACAAAUUUCAGCGUCUCGUCGACAUCACCGUCCGCUCCCUCUCUCCCACUCGCCUCCCCUUCUUUCUCAACGCCAUCGACGCCGCCCUUGUCGUCUACACCACCAAUGCCGGGUUAGACACAGACAAGCUCCCCCGCGCACGCAGCAUCUUCCGCAACCGCGUCGUCCGCACACUCGCCCUGGCCCGCCGCGCAGACGAAGCCGUCCCCCUCCUCGUCGAUGUCGCACACGGCCUCUGGGUCCUCCACAAACCCACCAUCAAACUCCUCCACGACGUCGCCGCCCACGACAUCUCCCUCGGCCACAAAGACGCCCCCAUCCCACGCGUCCUCGAGCUGCUCGACCACGCCGCGCCAGCCACAACCACCCUCUCCCCCGCUGAACUCGACGCGCUAGAAGAACGCCGCCCCGCGGUGGAAGACGAAGUCGACUUCAACGGCUCCGUCGUCCUCGCCGCGCGCUACCUCCACGCGAUGCUCCUCACCCGCACACGCGUGCCGCACUCCAAGAGCAUCGCAGCGUUCAUGGAGAUGUACAUCGCGCAGCACGGCCGCACGCGUAUCCUACACACCCUCUUCCGCCGCGCGCACCGCGGCUCAGGUCCCAUCACCCUCCUCGACGGACCCAACCCCACCGCGAAAAGUAACCCCGCGGCAAGGAUCACGGCGUCCACGUACGCGCUCGCGGAGAUGCUGUUUUAUCACCGCCACAGGCUGUACGAGCUCGUCGUCGAGACGUUCGUAGACCACUUCUACCUCUUUGGUGUGGACCGCGCGCUCGUCAUGGAGCGGUACACCGCGCACCUCGCGCGGCGCGCGUCAAACCCCGCAAAGUACCCCGCGCGAAUAACGUUCCCUGCACCACCACCACCCCGCACCUCCUCCUCCUCCGAUUCCUACAGCCACUCCCACUCCCACUCAACCUCAACCACAAACGCAAGUGCAAGUGCAGGCACAGCGUACCUGCACACUCUAUCCCCCUUUUCCAGCGCAAAGCUCUUCCCGGAGGACACGCACUGCACCCUGCUCUGGCAUGCGCUCGUGCGUGUUACACCGCGCCCGCGGCGGAAGGACGUGUACAUGGCCUUUCUACGCAUUGCACAGGCGCACGUCGAUAUCGCUGCAGAGGGUGCAGAGAAGGCUAAGGAGAAGGCCAAGGCAGGGAAACUUGACGCCGUUCCCGCGCACGGCAUCAAACAACCACAAAAGCACCCACAAAAUCACUUACAAAAACAGCCCUCCAAACAACCCUCCAAAGCACCUCCCGCACCACCACCACCACCACCACCCUCACACAUCGCCCUCCCGCGCGCCCUCCUCUCCCUCCCGCCCUCACACACCCGCAUAACUUCAGCAUCAUUCACCCCCUUCCUCGAGCCGCUCCUCGAAGGGUACGGCGCCCGCGCGGGGUGGCGCGUCGUGCGCGACAUGCUUGAGCUGGGUGUGAGUCCUGAGGUGUAUGUGUGGACGGAGAUGGGGAGGGUGUUGGCGAGGGAUUCGGGGGUGGGGGUGGGGAGAGCGUCGAGGUGGGCGGUGCUGGAGGAGGGGGUGCGUGCUAGGAAGGAGCGGGAGCGGGAGCGGGAUGGAAUGACAGAGGGAGGGGAGGGGAGGGAGGGUGAGGAGCAGGGAGAGGGAGGAAUGAGCGAGCGCGAGCGCGAUGUGUGGGAGCUUAUCGCGCGCCUUGAGGGUGCAGCUGCACAUGGUGGCGAGUGGGUCCCGCUACGCACACACGGCCCGCGGCGUCCCCGCUACACCACCACCACCACCACCACUUCCUCUUCCACUCCCAACACCCCUCCUAAUUCCACAUCUGCAUCUGAUUCCACCACCACCACCACCAGCAGCGGGGAACACCCACCCGCACACGCACACGCACAAGGCCAAGGCCACUGGCUGACCUACCCACCCCCGGACCUCCCAUUCUACACCGCCAUCCUGCGCGGCUUCAUCAUGGCGAGGAAUACGCGCGCCGCGGCGCGCGUCGUUGCGCAUGUGCGUGGGCGGUUCGCUGAGGUUGGGGAGGGUGCUGAGGGUGCAGGUGAUAAAGAUGCUGAAGGACAGGGACAGCGACAGCGACCAGGACAAGGACAGGCACAGGGGGGAAAGCCACCUCCAGGACGAGAGAUGACGCCCAAAGAAAAAAUGCUGAAGCGGCGGAGCGAGGCGCUUUAUUUGGAGGCUGUGAGGGAUUUGGAGGUGUUGGUGGAGGGGAUGGGGAAAAGUGGGGGUGGGGAGGCGGGGGUGGGGGUGGGAUCAGGGAAUAGGAGAGUGGAGGAUGUUAGGGCGAUGGGUAUGGGAAUGGGGACGAGUGAGCGCGGUCGUGGGGCCGACGAUGCAGAGGCUGAGGCUGAGGAAGGGUACGUCGAUGGGGACGGAAGGUGGAAGCGCGUCGUAAGUCCUCCCCUUCCCGUCAUUUAA